AAGUAUGCGUCGCUGUUGUAGUAAAAAGAAUAAAAAUAUAUUUUGAGUAUAAUUUUCAUAAGAGAAAUGGAUAAAAAAAAAAUUUUCAGCGGAAAUAUUUGAAUUUUCUCCACUGCAUAACAAUUUUUUCAUAAAACUGCCGAUUUGAUGCGGAAGUCAAAGAAACACAAUCAUUAUUUUGCUGCAGAUAGCCUUACAUACAACUUACGGAGGAAGAAGUUCACCAGAGAAUGUAACUUAGCAUUUUUCCAAGAUGGGUGAUCUUGGUGUGAUUGAGGUGGAUCAGUAUUUAAGAGAUAUCCAGAGAGACUAUCUUGACUUCUUGGAUGAUGAGGAAGAUCAAGGGAUUUACAUGCAUCUUGUUCGGGACAUGAUGGAAAAUCAGAAGACCAGACUCAUUGUGAACGUGAAUGACCUGAGGAAUAAGCUGCCUAAGCGAGUGGCCGGACUCAUGAAAAAUGCCUUCGAAGAGCUCAGCUGUUUUCAGCGUGCUCUCAUGGAGUAUGCUGGAGCAGCGGACCCAGUCUAUGCUAAGCAGCAUGAAGAACUCAGCAUUGGUCUUGAGGGAAGCUUCGGCUCUCAUCAUGUCAGUCCAAGGACUCUGACUUCAAAGUUUCUCGGCUCGGUCGUCUGCGUCGAAGGCAUCGUGACAAAAUGUUCGCUGGUUCGGCCGAAGGUGGUGAAGAGCGUUCACUUUUGUCCGGCCACCGGGAAAACGAUCGAACGCCGCUACACCGAUAUGACGUCACUGGACGCCUUCCCGUCGGGCUCCGCGUAUCCAACGAAGGACGAUGAGGGUAACCUGCUGGAAACUGAGUUUGGCCUGUCCAGAUACAAGGACCAUCAGACGCUGACCAUUCAGGAAAUGCCGGAGAAGGCGCCCGCAGGUCAGCUGCCGCGCUCUGUGGACGUGGUGUGUGACGGCGACCUGGUGGACCGGUGUAAGCCCGGCGACCGCGUCCAGCUGGUAGGCACCUACCGCUGCCUGCCCGGGAAACAGAACGGCUUCACCUCGGGCACCUUCCGCACCAUCCUGAUCGCCAACAACGUCUCCCUGCUCAGCAAGGAGGCGUCGCCCACCAUCACCGCCGACGACGUCAAACUCUGCAGGAAGUUCUGCAAGGCCAAACGGAAGGAUGUUUUUGACCUCCUAGCCCACUCUCUGGCGCCUUCAAUUCACGGUCAUGAGUACAUCAAGAAGGCUCUUCUGUGCCUUUUGCUCGGCGGAGAAGAGAAGAUUCUUCCCAACGGAACCCGUCUCCGAGGCGACAUCAACGUGCUGCUGAUCGGCGACCCGUCGGUGGCCAAGUCUCAGCUGCUGCGCUACGUACUGCACACGGCGCCGCGAGCCAUCACCACUACGGGCCGCGGCUCGUCGGGAGUGGGUCUGACGGCGGCCGUCACCACCGACCAGGAGACCAACGAGCGCAGACUGGAGGCCGGCGCCAUGGUACUCGCCGACCGCGGCGUCGUCUGUAUCGACGAGUUCGAUAAGAUGACCGACAUGGACCGAACGGCCAUCCACGAGGUGAUGGAACAGGGACGCGUCACCAUCGCCAAAGCCGGCAUCCACGCCAAGCUGAACGCACGCUGCUCGGUGCUGGCCGCCGCCAACCCCGUCUACGGCCGGUAUGACCAGUACAAGACUCCGAUGGAGAACAUUGGCCUGCAGGACUCGCUGCUCUCUCGGUUCGACCUGCUGUUCAUCGUGCUGGACACAAUCGACGCCGAGAGUGACCGGCGCAUCUCCGACCACGUAGUGCGCAUGCACCGCUACCGGUCUCCGAACGAAGAGGACGGCGCUGUGCUGCCGCUGGGCUCGGGGAUCGACCUGCUGGCCACCGCUAGCGUGGCGGAGGAGGAGGAGCCCGAGAAAACCACCAUCUACGAGAAACACGACCCGCUCCUCCACGGAAAACGCGAACACGGUGCCGGUAAAAUCAUCAGCAUGAACUUCAUCCGCAAGUACAUCCACAUCGCCAAGGAGAUGAAGCCGAAGCUGUCGAACCAGGCGUGCACUGCGAUCUCUGAGGAGUACUCUCGGCUGAGGUCGCAGGACAACACCAACAACGACAUGGCUAAGACCCAGCCGAUCACGGCCCGAGCGCUGGAGACGCUGAUCCGACUGGCCACGGCACACGCCAAGUGCCGCCUCAGCCCCACUGUCGACAUGCAGGACGCCCACUCGGCCAUCGAGCUCCUCCAGUUCGCCAUCUUCAAAAAGGUGGACAAGAAGCCGGCGAAGAGUCGACGACGCCGGGACGACGGCACUGACACAGAGGGAGAGGGCGACGGCGAGGAGGGCUCCGAGCGACCCAGGGCGAAGCGGCCCCGUCGCCAGCCGGGCGAGGAGGGUUACGACCCGUACGACUACGACUCUGACGAGGCCGACGAGGAGCCGCCGACGCUGCGCUCGCCGCGGCCCACGGCCGGCUCCUCGGCUCCGGAGAGUAUGGAUACGGCCGAGCCGGCCGAGCCAGUCGAGAAGGCCAUCACUGAGGAGAGGUUCUCCGUGUUCAAGACGUCCCUGCAGAACCUUCUCAAGGAGCGGCGCACGCAGACGCUGCCGAUGGCCGAGGUGCGCUCCUACCUGGCCGAACAGCACGCAGCGCGGCCCUUCACCACCGGGGAGGUGGAGGCCGCCACCGAUCGCAUGAUGGAGGCCAACCAGCUGAUGGUGGCCGACGACCAGCUCUUCCUCAUCUAGACGGCGCCUCGGGCUCUGUUCAGUGGCCAACCAGCUCUUCCUCAUCUAGGCGGCGCCUCGGGUCCCGGGGAAGCAUGCGAUGGAUUCCAAAUAGCUGGCGCCUGGCCGUUCUUGGAGCGCUGGUAAAAUGGGCGUUGAAGUAACGCCUAAAUAGGAAUGUUGGCUCGACCUGUGCUUUGGGUAGAUCAGAACAGCGCCUGGUUUGUACCUAAUGCGAGAUGUAACAGCUGAGAGGGACCACGCCAUAUGUUCAUGGCAACUUCCACUUCUGACGACUGGCUGACUUCCGGCGUGCCAUGUGACUCGGACGUGGCCUCGUUUCCCGGAAGACUGUGUAUCUGUGUGUCUGGGGGUGCGGAAGGUUGGCGCCAGAGGCACAGCCCGCGAUACUGAAGGCGGCGAUAUCGGUCUGACCGGAAGGGAGCGGCUGAGAACGAACAGAAGCCACCCGAGAGUUUCCCACCCGGCUGCCCGUGACCGCCUCACCGACAGCCUCGGGAGAAAGUCCGGAGCCGGGAUCUCCCACUGGCGACAUGUCCAACUCUCCGCCGACCCGUGCUCCCCCAUUAUGUAAGUACCUGUUGGACCGUGCGUUUUGUAUGGAUGGCCACAUGCGGUUGGCGCAGUUGCUGCCCCCCGGCUCGCUGUUGGUCUGCUGUCGACCUGUGUGGAUGACGGCCUUCGAAUACACUGUUUUUGUA